UCACGGGAUUAGAUCACACACCGCUAAAACUCUUAACGGGAAAAGUCUACCGCUAAACUCGUCAGAUUUAAGAAAUGUUUCUUUCCGAGUCUGAGGAUGAAUCAGACCAGCUCCACUCAGAUUUAGAUUCUGAGAGCGAGAACAGCAGUCUGGACGAGGACUACAUUCCGAAGGGGCUUGCCCGAGGAUCAGACCAGGAAGACUUAACUGAUGAGGACAGUUCAGAUGAGGAGUGGAAUUGUACGCCCAUGAAGACAAGAGCUUUCAGAAAGCGUCACCGCUCUGCUUCUGCUUCACCCCAAAAAUCCCCAGCUAAGAAGUGGGAACAGAGUCCCCUCAGAAAGAAGACCCACUAUACAUCUACACCCAAAAAAGACUCCACUUCCCCCACUACAGGCAAGAGAGUCUCCACUCCACGCAGGAAAAAUCUGAGUGGAAAGAGGCAAGCAGAAAGACCGCAUGUAAGAGAGGAAGAGGGUGAAGCAGAAGAUGGAGAGAGAUGGCGUAACAUUGAUGAAGAGGACGUCGAGCCUCCUCAACCACGGUUCAGACCUGAGAGGGACGUGGGGCCACAGCUGAGCAGAACUGCGAAUUACACACCACUGGAACUGUUCCAGCUGUUCUUCUCUACGACAGUUAUUGAUACAUUGGUAAAAAACACCAACGCCUAUGGGAAAAAGAAAUGUCAAAGCCAGAAGGAAAGCUGGGUGCCUGUCACAACAGCAGAUAUGUACUCCUUCAUCUGCCUUGUGCUCUACAUGGGCAUUGUACCGCUAAAAACUCUGAAAGAGUUCUGGAGAGGAUCUAAACUGUUCUGCCUGCCAUUUCCUGCCUCUGUCAUGCCCUGUAGACGCUUCCUAGCCAUUUCCCGCAGUCUUCACAUGAAUGAUCCUGAAGUUGAAGCGGCCAAUGACCAGAAGAAGGGUACACCAGGAUAUGAUAGACUUUGUAAGAUAAAGCCACUAUAUGAACAGAUUUUGGAGAGCUGCCACACAUUCUUUCAUCCCCACCAGCAUAUCUCCAUAGAUGAACGGAUGGUGGCGAGUAAAGCAAGGUUCUCAUUUAAGCAGUACAUUAGAAAUAAGCCAACUAAAUGGGGCUUUAAGCUUUUUGUUUUAGCAGACUCAGUGUGUGGCUACACCCUGAAUUUUUUUGUGUAUGGGGGAAGAGAAGGUCAACCUUCAGGGAAGGGGCUAAGCUAUGAUGCUGUCAUGAGACUGCUGAACAUCCCUUUUCUAGGCAAAGGAUAUAAGCUCUAUGUGGACAACUUUUACACCAGUCCAACUCUUUUCCUUGACCUCCUUCAGAGAAAAAUGUGGGCAUGUGGCACGCUUCGUUCUAACGUAGCUGGUUAUCCCCGAAAUAAAAGGAAUGAAAUGCUGAAGAAAACACCAAGGGGAACUAUCCGGUGGAUCAGAAAAGAAGCGUUGUUGUUUGUUAAGUGGUUAGACACCCGGGAGGUAACAAUGUGCUCCACUUUUCACAAAGCAUACAGCAGUGACAUGGCAAAGCGCAAAGUGAAAGACAAAGAUGGACAGUGGACAGUGAAGCAGGUGCCUAUUCCAGGCUGCAUCAAAGAUUACAACAAGUACAUGGGGGGUGUCGACUUAUCAGAUGCACUUAUUGGUUACUACAAUGUCCUCCACAAAACCCAGAAAUGGUACAAAACUCUGUUUUAUCAUUUUGUGGAUAUAGCCACUGUGAAUGCCUUCAUCUUACACAAAGAAAUGUGCAAACUUCAGAAUCAGCACAUAAUAACACAGAAAAACUUCAGGGAACAACUGAUUCUGUCCUUGGCUGAGAUAGGGUCUACUCCGCGUCGGUCAACUCCACAAAACUUUAUGUUGCCGGCCUCUCCUUUCAAAGUACCUUCUGCCACCCCUUCCAAAGUAGUGUUCACAUCCCCUCCUUCCCCAUCCGAUGCCUCGCCAGCCUCUCCUUCCACAGCGCCACCUGCUACAGCCUGUGAUGCUCCAGGUUUAGGUCACCUACCAGCUUACUUUGUUGAACAAAUGAGCAAUGUGGCGCCCAGAGAUCGGGCCACUGCUGGCAGAAGGGCAUGUGUGGUCUGCAAAAGAAAGUCGCCAGUCUAUUGCAGCACUUGUCAAAAAACACUUUGUUUCACUACUUUAAGGAACUGCUAUAGUGAGUGGCACAGAAGCAAUAGUAUCUGUUUCUAAGUGACAAUAUAUAGUCUGUAUAAAGUGCCUUAAUUGCAUCUUAUAUAAGUUGGUGAUUUGCCCUUCUUAAAACAUGAGCCUUUGAUAACCACAAGUCAACAAAUGUUAUCUGCCUUUUGGUUCCUUUGCCAAACUUUUAUAGAUACUUAAGUUGUUACCUCAUGAUUACACUGAGUACUUACCAAGACUGUCCAAAUGAUCUUUAAGUAGUUCGAGAUAUCUUGAGAUAAUAGAUAUAGAAUAGAUAAUAACCUUAAAACCUGUGGUUAGUGAAGAUGCUCUACAUAAAUGGAUGAAUCUAACCAUUAUCUUGGUGGGCAGAAUUAACUGUCAAGAUUAAAAUACUCACAAGGCCUCAGUAUCUGUGCCUGUCAUUAUCUAUUCAAAUGCCUCACAAUGACUCUUGUUAAAAAUAGUUUAGAAUUUAUAUGCGACUGUUAAGCAGCCCAGCAGCAGCUUUGCUAGAGCGACUCAGGACGGCAGUCUCAGUUGCUGCACAUGGGAGUGACAAUCUUUAGUGGCCACUGCUUUGGUUGUUGCAUCUUAUUCUGUGAGGACACUUAAAAACUGGACUUUCAUCUAAAAACACCUUUUGAGAAGUGAUCUCAAGUAAUUCUGAAAACUGGUUUUGGAGAUUAAGCAACAUAAAUGGAUACAUAUCUAUCUACCUCUACCUGAUAGACAGCUGUUGGAUACCAUGUGAUUCUCUUUUGGUAUGUGCAUCCAAGAUCCUUUCCUACAACAACCCCAGAACCUCACAUUACUUUACCAGUGCUCACAGAUGUUGCUGUUGUGGGAAAGCAUAUAGAUUUAUCUCACAAAUGUACUCUCAAAUGAAUUGAUGGGGGUUGUACAUUGUAACAGGAAUGACGCUUGAAUUUAUUUUUAUUUUUUUAAACUACAAUGGAGUAUGGUUACAUGUGCACUAAUUUAACCAAUAUGAGUUUCAUCCUAGUUUUGAUCUUAUGAUGUUCACAUGAAACAAAAGAGUAACAGGUCAUUAUCCAGGUUUUGAUGGUACAGGCAUGUGUGCAUCUCAGCUAUUCUUUAACGUUUCCACAGUAGUUACUGUACCUCAGCAGUUGAGGAUAAACCCAUUUUGGUUUCUGGUUGGAUUUAACAUGAUCUGCUGGAUUUGGCUUCUACAACCGGAUGUCCGACAACCACUAAAAUGUGACUCAAGUUGAGGAUGCACCGACAUAGCUUGCAGACUAAUUAGAAACCUGUUUAAGGUGUAUAGUAUCACAAUACUCCUUCUGGCUUUGAUACCAGAAUGCAGACUUCACUAAGGAUUUCUGAAACCAGGAUGUUUACAUGCAGAAACCAGCACUAUGAUGCAUAUAAAUACACUGUUUCAGUGUGUUUAACUCUACUUCACUUCAUAGAAAUUACAUCAGUGCAAACUUGAAUGACCACAAAUGUUACAGGUACAGCAUCUAUGACAGAGUGAUAUCACAGGAUCUACCUUCCCACUGGAUCCAAUCUUUACAAUUUACAUUUACAGAGAUACAGUAUUAUAACUUUAUGUACUGCAAAAUAAAAAGCAGUCUUCAAAGCCUCAUAGCUAAAUGGGUUUUGGAAACUAACAGAUGUGAGAGAGAUCACACUUUCUCAGAGAAAGGUACGAUAGCAGGGGCUCCUAAUUUUGGAUUAUAUAGCAAGUAACUGUUACAGACUGUUGUACCUCUGAUUAACUUCAUUACUUCUCUAAGUAAACUUCCCAAAGUUAUAUCAAAGUGUUUUAUCUGUGAAUUAAAAUGCUUUUUUAAAAACUAAACAAUACUAUUUUAGAUAUUUUUGUAUGUAUUUGUGGGUUAGAGAAGGGCUUUGGAGUUCUUUUGUGUGUUCUGUAAAAAUACAAUACAUUUUAA